CCAGCACUGACGCGCAAACACACCAAAACGUGCACACAUACACGAGCACAGAGAGACACAGGAAGGUGGACGGGGACUGUAGCAUGUCCACUGGCUGCAGUCAGACAUGUAGGAGGAGGAGGUGCUGUGUUCGCCGUUCCAUGUCCGCUUCAGUCCUCUAAGCACCUCCCAUCCCCCCAAACGCUCGCUCCCUGGCUCUGCGGCUGCUGAGGGGCUGGCUGGAAUGACCCGGGAGAGCAGGAGACUCAAGGAGAUGCGCUAGACGGGGCUGCCGGCUGGGAGGACUCUCUGAUCUUUGAUCUCUCCUCUUCUCCAGCCUGACAGAUACACAGCAGACCUCUGAUCUGCCCCACAGAUGCAUGCCCAUAUAGGAGGGCAUGGCUGUGUAGACCGAGGGUCUUCAUCAACCACAGCCACAGAGAGGACCACCACAGAGACACACAGGUGCACACGCCAUCGACCAGACACUUGUGUGUGUGCGUGUGCAUGUAAGUAUUUGAGGAUGAUCGCUGCCUGAAAAAAGAACCUCCUGCCCAUCAGUCAGCAUUCAGAGACUGUGAAUGAUUGCAAAAAAGAGAGUGGUCUUUGCAGUGCAACCCUGUCCCAUGCUGCUCCCUCCUCUCAGGGGAUGGCCAAGGUCCAGGAUGGACACACAAACGCAUGUGAAAGCUCUGCAAUGUUAGAGGAGAGCCAAGAUGGUAUGGACAGUAGUACCCUAAGUCCUGCCUCAGCUCGACAGGUCACCAUCCAGCGCCACCCUACUCAAGGCUUCGGCUUCAUUGCAGGCAGCCAGAGGCCUGUGAUUGUACGCUCCGUCUCUGCUGACGGCCCCUCCUUUGGCAAGCUUCUCCCUGGAGACCAGAUCUUGGCCAUUAACGAGGAGACGGUGAGCGACGCGCCCCGAGAGAGAGUCAUAGACCUUGUAAGACGCUGUAAAGACACAAUAGUUCUCACUGUGCUGCAGCCCCAUCAGUCACCCAAGUCUGCCUUCAUAAGUGCAGCCAAAAAGGCCCGCCUGCGAACUAACCCGCCUAAAGUGCGCUUUUCUGAGCAAGUGUCCAUCAGUGACCCAGACUCAACAAUGCUCAAGGACGACUCCUUGCUCCUCAUACCAAAUGUCUUGAAGGUGUUUUUGGAGAACGGACAGAUUAAGUCAUUCACGUUUGACAGCCGUACCACUGUUAGGGAUGUGAUCUCCUCCCUGCAGGACCGCCUCUCACUGCGGUACAUUGAGCAUUUUGCCUUGGUGCUAGAGGCAGGUGGGCUGGACCAGAAUCAGAGGUUGCAACUGCUGCAGGAGAACCAGCCUCUGACACAUGUGGUGCACAGAACCUACUUCCAAGGGAUGAAGUGUCUGUUCCGCAUCUGCUUCUUUCCCAAGGAUCCCGCAGACCUCCUGAGAAGGGACCCUGCUGCUUUUGAGUACCUCUAUAUACAGAGUCGCAAUGACGUCAUCAAGGAGCGCUUUGGCAUGGACUGGAAAUCUGACAUCACGUUACGGUUGGCUGCGCUGCACAUUUACAUCACUGUGUCUUCUGCAAGGCCCAAUCAGAAAAUCUCUUUGAAACACGUAGAAAAAGAGUGGGGACUAGAGCCUUUCCUUCCCCUCACUCUGCUUCCAACAGUAAAGGAGAAGAAUGUAUGCAAGACCCUGUCUCAGUUGCUGAAGACCUACCAGCACCCACCACCAUCUGGCAACAAGGUUCCUCCUCUCCAAGGGAAGCUGCAGUACAUGCGUGUACUCAAUGACCUUCCACCUUUUGGUGGAAUAUUGUUCCACACUGUUGGGCUGGAUGAAAAACAAUCAGCAACAACACUUCUGGUGGGUCCUCGGCAUGGCAUUAGUCAUGUGAUUGACCUUAAAAACAACCUUACAACAGUUCUGGCUGAGUUCAGUAGAGUCUCCAAGAUCCAGCUAUACCGAGAGAGUCAAGGAGUGGCUCGUGUAGAGGUGUCAAUCCAUGAGGCCAAGCCCCUGGUCCUACUCAUGGAAUGGCCUGAUGCCAGUAACUUUGCAUGUCUCAUCUCUGGCUACUACAAGCUGUUUGUAGACCCAAAACGAACCAUCUACUUUCGGACCCCUGGUCAGUCUCAGCUGACCAAGGCAGAUUACAGAAGCUCCCACCAUGCCCACCCACGCUCUGGAACAACCAGCAUGCCUAGUGGAGGGCGGCGAGGCGACGAGAGGGAGAACUCACACAGGGAGUCAGGGUCUUCCAGGGCCCUUGUUCCUGCAGAGCCUCAGCAUCUGGGCCUGUGUCAUGUCCACCUUCGAGAACAACAGCAGUUUCAGGAGUUUCAAACACACACUGAAGCUGAACUUGACAUUAAUGAGAACUUUAUUUCUCAAGAGCCCCCUGGUCGGCCCCGCACAAAGUCUGACCCUACCCUCCAGAGUACAGAAGAAAUAGCUGGGGUUUCAGAGAAUCCAGCAGUGGAAAACACAGGAUUUAGAAUACGAGCCCAAACAAUGAAUCAAUCUCAGAAAAACACAAGAUACUUCUGUGAUUCCUGCAAAGCAAGGCUUAGGGCAGAGGGUCUGUCAUCAGUUGUGAACAGUAGUGGGAGCUCAGGUAAACACUGCUCCAGUGCCUGUGCGUCCCGAGAUGCAGGUGCUGUUGACCUUACUGCCCUACCACCCCCAGGUAAUGAAGAGGAGGAGGAGGAGGAGGUAACUAACGGUGGAGAGAUGCUACAACCACCAUCAUCUGCUAUUGCUGCCCCACCACCUGGCUUCAGGGACAACAGCUCAGAUGAGGAUGACCCAAAAAGAGGAAGAAAGGCUCGAACCAGUGCCAGCCCGAGGACAGCCACUGGAAAGGUUGCCCAGGCAAAGGAAGAUGUGCCUGUGACACUGAUAGAUAAUGUGGCUACAAGAACAGUACGGGAUCACGCUCAGGAGCUUGAUGAUGCCCUGGUAUCCACCUUGCAGGCACUAGAAGCUUUGGCAGCUUCUGAGGACUACCCCCAUCACCCUCAACAGCCAACACAGACUGCAGGUCUAAUUGUCUUAGCUGCCAUUACACCUGAGUCAUCACUGGACUCAGGACACGAGACCAACUCCUCUGAAUUGACAGAUGUUUCUGAGAUGGUGUCAGCAAUGAAGCAGAACCAGAACCAGGCAUACCUUCUUGCUCACCAUAUAAACAAGGAACGCAUCCUAUGUCGCCGUGACUUUCCCCUUGCAAUCCCGGGUUGCACUGCAAAGACCAUUGGCACUGGGGCAUUCUCUGUGGGUCAGAUUCGUGCUGGCUGCCCACCCAAGCAAGUUAUCCUCAGCAAAACUGUUCCCUUUAAAGUCAGCCCCAGUCAGGACUCCGCAAUACUUCGUGUUGUAUCGGAGCAGGCAAGCAAUCAAGAUACUACACAGACAGAACAAAAAGCAUUAAUGAAAGCAAACACAGAGCCCACCAAAGCAAACAUCCUAGAUCCCCCUUCCAAGUCACCUGAAGAACUGAAAGCAUCAGAUAUAUUGCUCACGGCUCAAGUCAGCAAAGAUCAUAAGUUAUCAAAUUCAGUGGGAGAGACGCAGAGCCAAAAUCUCUGUGAGGAUUUUAAGGGGAAGACAAUUGCCUCUCUUAAAACUGACCCUAGCAACAAAGCCUUACCUAUCCUCUUGCCUGUGGACAUAACUGCCUCUGCCAAGAUUUCCCCAAGUAAUGUGUGCCAAGAUGCCGAGACUGCCUCUAGUGAGACCAUGAAGCCUUCAAGCUCUACAGAACUUUUGCCAGUUGAUGAUCUUUUCUGCACAUGCCCAGUGCAACAGGAGCCUGGGACUCAACUAAGACUGAAAGAUCCACAAGUGCAAAAGGUAGUGGUGUUUCAAUCCUCCUCUCCCACCGAUGAUGAGCGACUUAGGGCAAAAGGCCUACAGCUGGCUAACAGCAAAGAAAAUGCAAUGAAAGCAGGAGCCGAUCCUAGUUUGGCCAAACCCAGCUCUCAAGUACAAACCAAAUACUCUCCUCGGCUACCUGCAAAAUCAGAGAGAAAAGAAGGAGCUGAGGGUAAGACUGAGGGUGCUCAGGCUAAAGCACACCCAGAGUCACAGAAAAGUACAGUAAAAUCCUUACCUAUUUUAGAUGAUCCAACCCCUAGUGCUUCUGUGGAUAAGGUUUCCACUCUCCCAGCCAGAGACUCAAAGAAGCAAGGCAGUGGUAAGAUAAAGUCCCAGCGCAGUGCUCCUUUCUUAAGCUUUAGAAACCUUCUUUCAGCAACGUUCCCAGCAAGAAUGCGAAGAGAAACAGACGAACGAAGGGCUCAGCUGCAGAAAGUUCGCCAGUAUGAGCUGGAGUUCUUAGAGGAACUGCUGAAACCCAAGUCAUCCCAAGGAGAAUUUUUACCCCAGGGAUCUUCACCUGUGCCCUCAGGCACUCCCUGUGCUUGCCAGCUUCGUACAAGCCCAGUGCUGAAGGCACCUGGUAUCUCUCGAGAGCAACGACGCAGCUGUGACUGUAAGCGAAUGUGUAGAGGCAUGCGACUCCCUGACACACCUGUUGGCUCCAACACAGAGACACAGCACAGAGGCAGAGAGAGAACUAUCUCAAAGACUCCUCCAGCAGUCUCCAAAACCUCUCACACUCCUGGUUCUACAAGGAGACCUCAAACUUUAGAGAUUAAGACCACAAGGAUACGCUCUACCAGCCUUGAGUCAAGAGAACCAAGAGGAGAGCGUGGCUCUUGCUUGCCCACCUGUACAUCUCAAACAGACUGUAUGGGAGCUCCACAAUAUAAGAAACUGCAGAGGCGAUACAGUAUUGGAGAGCUGGAUAAUAGCACGAGCACACCAGUGUAUGCUGAAGUUAAACCCAAAGCCAAGAGUCUAGAGAAGGAGAUGGAAAGAGUGCGGGCCACAGGGCUGAGACUCCCUACCCCUGUUGAUCCAGUCCACAUUGAGUCUCAUCAGGCAGAAGGAAAAGGGAAAAAGGGUGUAUUUUUCAUUCAGGGAGAAGAGCUACUGCGUGAGGAUAAAGAAGGGACAGGAGAGGUGCUGCUUACCCUACCCAGUGAAGACAGUGAUGAAAAAGAUAAAUGUUGCUCAUUCUGUUUCUGCUACAGAAAGUGUGAGGCAGCUGAUGAGAGCAGUGAGAAGGAUGAGCUUUCAUACUCCAUACCUCUUCAGGUUCUUCCAGGCAUGGAGCUGGACUCACGUACAUUUCCUGUAGUUAGCAAAACACUCCAGGUCCUGAAUGCAGAGGACUGCAGUGGGGAAGAAGAGGAGGAAGAAGAGGAGGAACCACAGACACAGGAGAUAGACCUGAGAGCCUGUGGUACUUUAGAAGGAAGCUUGGCUCGAGUACAGGCUUUACAGGGGAAGACUUUUACCUUGCCUGAUGGCUUCCUCAAUGCUCAGUUGGAUGCUAAUGAGCUUCUAGCGAUUCUACGUCAGUGUGCUAACAGCCCACAAGCCGAAGGUGAGGCUCGUCUCCAGCCCUCUCGGAUCACAGAAUACAAGCAGGAGUUAGCGGUUCGCUUCAAAGAGUUUAGAGCAUCAUGCCGGAGAGUAGCAAGUGUUGAAAAAAGCCCAACUCGUAUGCUUGCCGUUGUUACAGCCAGUUUUCAAGUGUUGUGUGAACUAACACAGACUUUCAUCAAAUUGGUUAGGGGAGUUCGUUCAGAAGCUCAAAGGCUGCAACUAUUAAGAAAAGUUGAGGAAGUAGCUAUCAAUUACACUUUGCUACUUCGGGCUGCAGAGGAAUCAAUGGGACACUCAAGCAGUCUGCCAACAAAGACAGUGAGCCCUCAAGUUCCAUCCAACACCAAUAAUAUGAACUCACUUACUCGACCCAUCAAAACUCUGCCUGCCCAGUAAGGCAGUGAGACAUAAAACAACCAAGAAUGUUGAUAGCUACUCUAUCCAAAAUCAUUAUUUAUUUAUUGUUUACAUUUUUUACAAGACAUGCAAUGAAUCAUCCUCAGUAAAAUUUGCAAUGCAGCUGUUCCAUCACAUGUUUACGGGCCCUGAGGUAGCCUUGUGGAUCUUGUUUUGAAAAUAAACAUACGCCACACUAAUGCACAAUGGAAUAAGAACCCUAUAACAGACUGGGUGAUACAGGGCUAAUCACCUCACAUCAAUAUUCAAAAUACAUCAUUUGUCAGUACAAUAUUUUAUAUGUAAUAUAUAUUUGAGUUGUAUCUAUUUAGCAAAUAAUAUAAAGUUUUGUGGAGAAAAAAGGUGACAAAUAUAUUUGAAAUGUAUUAAGUUAACAGAUCCUUAAAAUUAUAAUAAAUCAUCCAAAAUAAGUGUAUGCUCUGGACUAAAAUAUUUCAGAUAUCUCGUUAAGUAGCGACUUCUGUAAAUUGCAUAGUCCAAAGCUUUGGUUGGUUAGGUGGUGAUGUGUUUGUUGUUAAACUUUCUAACUGUUGUAAUGCAAAAUGAAGAUCUCUGUUGGCUAUGUUAAAACUGUCUGGCAUACUGUUACAAAGGUGAAAAAAAAAAGUGAGGGACAGUGUUGGAAAAUGAAAAUCAGUGAAAGAAAAGUAUGAUAUAUUUAACUCUAUUUGACAGAAGCCCAUUCUCUCACUAUAACAGUGCAGGUAUGAAACACACCUGCUCAGGGCAGACAAUGUAGCAGAGACCCAAGUCACAGUCCUACUCACUGUACAGUAAUGAGUGCGGUUACCUCAUUCUACUGUAAUGAAAGAACAACCCACACUGUACUAAAUGCACACUGUAUUUUUCACCAUCACUGAUCCAUAACUCACUUGCAUCUCACUUGCUGUGAAUCUUAGUUCUAAAUAUAUCCAUCCAUCUGCAAGUGAUUAAUAAAUCUAUCACUAGAAUUUUGCACAACCUUUGACACUAGCUUGCAAACUGAAAUGCAUAUGUUAAUGUUUGAUUCAUUUUAUUAUUUGUUUUUUUUUAUUUGUCCUGCUGCUGAAAAACUCACUUUAGUCCACACCACCAAGUUAUUGUAGUUCAUCUUUUUCGAAGUUAGAGCUUACGUGUUUCAAAGGAUCCUUUGUUUUCAUUCAGGUUUUCAAAUACAGUAUAGACUAAUUUGCUUUCUAUGUGCUAUUAAACAUUGUGCAAUCUAGCAAAUAUACAGUAUAAUAAACCCACAAAGUAGUUUUCUAUGUAUUUUAAUAAAACUAACACAUCCGUUUUCUGUCUGAAAUCUUUUUGUCUCACGCUCUUGUUAAACCUUGAAAUUAAUCACAGAGGCUCUAUAGCUUCCCUGACUAAACAUGUAUACUGGACAUACUGUUAAACGAGAGUGCUGCAAAAUCAAAUGACUGAUGACACUACAAGAUUGGCAAUUUGUUUUUUCUUGCGGAAACAAAAAUACAUGAAUAAAAAUUCCUGUCACAGUCCAACUAAGUUAUACUCUUUUGAUUAGGGAUGCACUGAUUGCAAAAUUCCAAUGGCCAAUAUCAACACUGAUGAUUCAAAUGACAUCUUGGAUGAUAACUAAUGCUCAUUCCACGGUUAUUUUGUGUUUCUUUGUAUUUUUGUUGUUAUUUAUCCUCCCCUAUCAAAUAAAUCUUAAUUAUGAAUUUUCAAAACGUUAAUAUUUGUCUUUCAGCCCUUCAUCUUUAAGUGAACAAAGAUUCAAACAUGCAAAUAUAUGAAAAAAAA